CUCAUGCAUUUCGACAUAUUUCAGUUCGGUCGGCUGUGGGGAGAAGAAUACAUGAGAGGAACAUUGGAAUGAAUACACCUACAAACGAUUUCAUUUGCAAUAUCAAGACAUUUGCCAUUUCGAAUAAUACUUUUUAAAAGUGGUUCUCAUGGAUAUUUUCAAACCGAUAAUUCUCAGUCUCAUCGGACUUCAGCGACGUCUCUUUGGCAAAGGAAAUACGCCUUCUGAGCAGGGGAGCAAGCAUCGAGCCGUGGCGAGCCAAAUAUAAACAAGCCUUAUGAUAACACUGAACGCUGUAUGUUCCCCCGAGGUCCAAGCGGCUAUAGAACCCCCAGAAAGCUGCAGCCAUGUUAGCCUGCCUACAGAGACGGCAGCAGAACCUCUCAUCUCAGCACCUGGUCUGCACCCCCAAGAUCCUGGGGAGUCCACAGCAGCCGCAGCCCAGCACACGACAAAGUGAGCUGUCCUCCAUGAAUGGCCCUCGGUAUCCAUCCCCUGCAGAGCUGGAUGCCUUUGCCCAGAAGACGGCCAGCAGUCCCCUGUCCAUCAAGAUCUUCCCAUCCAACAUCAGAGUGCCGCAGCACAAACAGCUGAACAGGACUGUCAACGGCCUGGACACCACAUGCACCCAGCACUACAGUCCCUACUCAGGAGGCUACCAGGGCCUACUGGGUGUUGUAAAGGCCACCGUCUCCGUAGUCAAAGGCGUGCUGAAAAACUCUGAGGGCAAGAGGACUAAACAUUCCCCUGCCCAAACUGCAGUGGCACCAUACAACCCUCUCAGUAACAACAGAGACGGGCAGCAGAAGAGCUACCACAUGGGCUCCUGCAAGCCUCCUGACGGGCCCAAAAUGGCUGUUCCCUCUAAUAUCAUUGUUGCUGCCUCUGUCAUCCCCACCCCAGUAGGACAGACUCUGGCCUCUCAGUCGGACCUGGACGUCCAGAGCCUGCUGAGGCAGAUGAACAGACACUCCCACAGCCAGGCCCUGCAGCACGGGGGAGAGGCCCAGCCAAGCCCCUCACGCCAGGCUGUGGCUGCUGUGGCCAGCUCAGACUCUGGCUUUACCUGGGGAGUGGUGCCCCAGAGCAGCCUAGCGUACUCCGGGGCUGUGCUGCCCACCCAGAGCGCAGACAUGGCCCAGGCUGGCUACUUUGAGAGAGUGGACUAUAGCAUGUGGCAGCACCACCAACAGCAGCAGCACUACCAACAGGGGGCGCUAAGGAUGUACAACAAUGCUCAGAUGGGCAGCGGGGGAGGGGCCGUGGUCAGCCGCUCUCCAGAGACCUGUCUCCCUUUGGCCUGCUCAGCACAGCUCUCCUAUAGGCGCCAUUCCCUCAGUGCAGGCACUAACGGGGCAGGGAUUGGGCAGGACCGGGUUAGCUCCUCCCCUCUGAACUGUGCUGCUAUGCAUGGGGAGUUCUCUGUGGGCCAGUACUUCGCCCCUCCCUGGAACAGUGUUCUGGUCACCCCGGACAGUGACUGUUACAACCCUCAGGAGCUGGUGCCUGGUUCCUCUAUGGGCCGGGUCAGAGACAUGGGGCUCUCCCAACCCCACCCUCACCCUCACCAUCACCCCAACCACCAGCUCCACCCCCACCACCAUCCUCACCCCCAGGUCUACGCCACAGACCAAAGCUUGGGCCUCUGUUGUGGGCUGCCCAGCACCAGCCUGUGCCACGCCUCUGUGCUGAGCAGCAGCCUGCAGUCUCUGGAGUGCCUGAUCAGUGAUCUCCACCCGCCCUGCAUCAAGGAGAGCAUGCUGGGGCGGGGCUACGAGGCGGUGGGGAUGCCAAGGCUACUAGACCACAACCUACAGCACACCCACGUCCAGCUGCCUGUGUUCAGAUAAGACAGGAUGUGUCCACACAGGGCACUCGGACUGAAAUAUUCUGUAAAACAGGAACUCCAUGGAUGCAGGUGUAUAAUUUUGAAGAGACCACCUCAGAAUGAGAAACGGCACCUUUUUAUUUAGCGUGUGUGUUGUAUUGGUACAGGGCUAUGUGGUUUGGAAUUGACCAAGUGUUGUAAACCUUAAAAGGGUAAUGAUAAUCAUGACUGACCUGCAGGGUCAUCUUAUUUGAUGUCUUAAUGUUUUCAUUUACGGAGGAUUUUUUGAUCAAUCAGAGAAUCAGUUCACAUCUGCCACAUUUGUUCCUCAGAAUAAUGUGUUUUGAAGUUGUUGUUUUUUCUCAAUCUGUCCACUGUUGAAUUUUUAAACCAUUUCAGAAUGUUGUCAUUUGAAAUAAGGUGAAAAGGUGAUGCGCAGGCAAUCCUCCUAAUGCCCUUUACAAAGUGCAAAAAAAAUACAACUGGAAAAUGGUACAUACUUAGGGCAUACACGGGCCCAACUCCAGGCCUCCAGGGGCAUACAAGGGCCCAACUCCAGGCCUCCAGACUGUCAGCUUGUUUUUAUUUAACCCUUAAUUUACCAAUAAAGGCCACUGAUUAUAAUGCACUGCUGUAAGAACGGCAAAAAUGGGUCGAUUUAGACAUGGGGAAAUGUGUCAGGGAACCGUUUUUUAUUUUCAAAAGAAAUUUGUAUUUUUGUUAGGUUGUGCCUAUGUUGGCUGCUAAUGGAGGAUAAUGUCUUUAUAUAAUGAUUGACCUUUAUGUUUUUGUUGUCUUCUCUACAAUUAUGACUGUCUGUUACCACGCUGUUGCUAGGCCCCAUGUCACAAGCAAGAGAUCUGCUAGCCAUCACGUUAAUGUUUGAUGGAAUGACAGUUAUCAUGUUUUACCUAAAACGGCACUGGGACUUUGGGGACGGGAUGUGUCAUUUGAUUCUCUGAUUUGUUCACAUUUUGCUCUUAGCUUUGGUUGACAUUCAUCAUUUAGGUCAUCAAUCACAAAAAUACUACCUUAAUCAACAGGAGUCCCUCCAAUAGUUUUCCGGAGACAGGAGAAAUGUGUUUUCAAACUGAAGGCAUGACUAUCAAAUUGAAGUAUUCCAUGGUAGAUCAUUGGUUUACAAAUGAGUGGAGUUUACUGGAGAGGUGUCCCUUCCAGAUCACUGGAGAACAGGCAUUUCUUACAGUAUAAUUCACUGCUUUUCUGUCAAUGUUUUCUUUCUGAAAAUAAGAUGAUGUUUCUUUGUAGUGGUCUAUCUGAUGCCUGAGAAUUAUGGCUAUAUAAAGAAUCUCUUAUAUGUCUGCACUGUCAAAUAUGAUUUUUUUUUUCAACCAGCCAGUCAGGAUUCUGUUGGUUGACAAUGUACAUAAAUGACUCAAUGAUUAUGAAGUGCAAUUACAAUAUUUAACAGGUAUUUAACUCUACAAACAUGUUGAAAUGACUACAUUUACAUGAGUACAUGCAUAACCCUAGACUCCCAUACCCAUUCUCCUAUUCUUAAUUAAGAUUGUCAAAUAAAUAUUUUUUUCCUUCUAA